UGGAAAUUCAUGGGAAGAAUCAUCACUGAAAACCAUUUCUGGAUCCUCUCGAGAUUAUACCGUUUUGCUUCAUCAUCCAUAAGCAAAUCUGUAAUGUUCAACUUGAGUCGAGACUGGGUACCUUCUUACAGUCUAUCUGAAAUCACUGUCCGUAAUUGCCAACUGGGUCCUGGUUUUCCGACAUGGCUCAGAACUCAAGUUGAAGCUUCUCAACUCACACUGUCUGUUGCUGGGAUUUCAGACAUGAUACCUGUUUGGUUUUGGAACCUAACUUCUAGCCUUUGGUGGGUGGAAUUGGAUCUUUCGGAUAACCAAUUCAGGGGAAAGCUUCCCGGUUCAGUUAGCUUUGGUUAUAAUAUCGGAGCAUGGGUAGAUUUAGGAUUCAAUCGCUUGGAAGGUUAAAUACCUUUAUGGCCAGCCGCGUAGCUACGGGCCUAUAUUGGAAAAAUUCUUUAUUUUCUUUUUAAAAUUUUAAAUUAAUAAAGGUUUAACUCUUUAAAAAUAAAA